GAAGGACGAAAGACGGAGAACGACGAGCCGCGUGUGCCGAGGUGCCGGAGCAGCUUCCGCGCUGCUCAAAAACGGAGGGCAGAUGACCACCUACCUACCUAGCCAGCUUGACGGAAAGACGGCGAGGAAGCAGCGAAGCGAUGAAUGAGGACGAAGCGAGGGAGCAGAGAGCGGAGGGACGGCACGACACAGCCCAGCCCAGACGAGUACGUGCGGUUUAGCUCAGCUCGCCAGCUCGCUUUGAUAUACAUUGCAGCGGUGGUGGAGGGUCGCGUCGCGGGCGCGCAGUCAAGGCAAUGGCGUGGUGUUGUAUUGCCUUGUCACGCGUCGGUGGAGGCAGCGGAGGCGGCGGCACCUCCAUCGAGGUCACCGAGCAAGGAAGAUCCCUUCCCUCACCCUCACACCAGCCGACCGUUAGACUAUUGUUUCUGUUCAGCCAGCCACCGAGGCGCCCCAAGCCCGCCCAAACAGGCAACCACCCAAGCAGCCCUAGCCCCCCUAGCGCGCAGCCGAGCGAGCCGAGCCGGAACCCGUCCCGUCCCCGUUCCGGAGCGAUCCUAUACGAUGGAGCUGCGGGUUGGGUCGGGUAAGAGCAACCUUAGGUAUAUUGCCGCGCUCCAAUUUAGGCGGAAAUGUCGUGGCUGUUGGCUGGCUGGCUGGCUGAAAGCGAUACAUAUCGCGCCUUCCGAGCCUGGCGACGGCGCUAGGCCCGCCGAGGCAGGCGCCCCGCCGUAUCUGGCCUUCCACUUACGGAGAAGCCUCACACGCUCGCUCUCCCUCUACGUGUCGGCCGGCUUUAAGCCUGCUCUCGCAUCUCCGUCCCAUCUCCGCUAGUCGGGCGUCCUUAGAUGCAUCUACAGGCUCUGCGCCCGCACCAUCGUGGCGUACAGGCCAUGCCGCGCCAUUAACUCGGCAUGGCUCCCUGCCUCGGCGAUGCGGCCUCGCUCGAACACGAAGAUUUUGUCAGCGUGCUGGAUCGUGCUAAGGCGAUGCGCGACUGCGACAGUGGUGCGUCCACUCAUCGCGCGUGACAGCGCCGCUUGCACUAGACGUUCCGAGGCCGUGUCGAGCGCAGAAGUCGCUUCGUCGAGGAGCAGGAUGCGAGGAUCGCGCACCAGUGCU